CCAAAUUCCAGUUACUCUUUUGGUCUUUCCAUCGUCUUCCUUAGCCGGCGACUUGCGCGCAGGUUUUCCUCCCUUCCUCGGCGACUUGAGGAGUGUCCAGAUCUAGCAAUUUUACUCCGGUGAUGAAAACAAGUGCCCCCGUGGUUUGUGGGCAGGGACCAAGGAUUGAUCGUCGUUCCAUAAAACCUUUUAAGAUGACAAGAUCCAAGGAUAUUCAGCUUCACCAUCUACCUACAGCAAGGGUGAUAAUACUUGUUCCUCACACAUUAAUUAAGGAUGUACUGCGUCGUAUACUAUCACAAUUGACAAUGAAAGAAGCCAUGCGAAUGAGCAUACUAUCUAAGAAGUGGAGAAGGCUUUGGAAAUGCUACCCAAAGUUAGUAUUCACCAGAGCCAUGAUGUGUCGCAGUAACGCCACGACAGGCCCUGCAAAACCCUUGCGGACAAGGUUUAUCAGGGGGGUCAACAGCAUCCAGCGACAGCUCAAGUCAUCCAACCUGAAUAAGUUUGUGGUCAAGUUUGCGCUUCGCAAAAGGCACACACCUCACAUUGAUAGAUGGGUCAAUUUCUGUGCCUCGUCGAUGGCGAAGCAUGUUGUUCUCGAUUUAUGUCCAGGGCCGAAAGGCAGUACCGACACAGAUGACAAGUACAGUUUCCCGCUGCAUCUUCUCGGCGCCUCGGGUGGUUCUUGCGUGAAGUCUCUUAGUCUGGGGUUCGUCUAUUUAGCACUGCCUCCUGAUCACCGUGGAUUUGCAAACCUUAAGAAGCUCUCUCUGGAAAUAGUUCAUGUCACAGGGGAUCUCGGGCGCCUGCUCCCAAAAUGCGCUGUUCUUGAGUGGCUAAGCCUCACCAGGUGUAGACUGGACGAGCUAAGCAUAGGUGAGGAACUGAGCAGGCUCCGUUGUUUGCAGGUCAAGUACUGUAUGCUGCAGAAGCUGCAUGUCCGAGCUCCAAACCUCGCCAUGUUUGUGUUCGCUGGUCGUGUGAUACCUAUAUUGCUUGGUGAAUCUGUGAAGAUUUCAGAGGCGACGGUCGACUUGGUCACAUCCUCGGACUGCUUCAAUUACGUCUUCACUGAUCUUGUCGAUGCUCUUUCGCAUGUUCCGUCCCUCUCCAUAGGCUUCCGAAUUGAAACCAAGGUGAUAAAUUUUGUGAAAAAUCGGACCAUGCUCACAAAUCUGAGACGUCUGGUCCUGAAAAUCGAUAUUGUUGGGUCGCCGGAAGUCACUGGUGGGAUUCUUCGUUUGGCCUAUCUGUUGGAGUUAGCCCCUGCUUUGGAAGAGUUAGUACUCCAUAUGCAUUGUUUUGACUCGGCAAUCUAUGGUGAACCAAGAGAAGAUGCCUACCAGCCACAUCCUCACCGUCAUCUCAAGACUAUCAAAAUGACGGGGUUCUAUGGAUUACUUGGUCAGGUUGAGCUAGCACUCUACCUUCUUCGGAAUGCGACUUCUCUCGAGCGUAUGAUCAUAGAUCCGGUGGUGAGGAAUAAUUGGCCUAUUCCACCCAUGGGUGGAGCAAAGCAAGAUAUAGACCGGGGCACGUCGAUUGCCCUCAAUAAACUUUCGAGGCAAGAGUUCAGAAAGGUCCUUGACAUUCUGUAUUAAGGGGAUAUGAAACUAUGUUGCAGGUGUAUUCUAAAUUAUUUGUUUUAA